AUGUCAUCGUCUCUUUAUAAAACAAGAAUAUUUACCGCAAUCUUCGGUGUUUUGCUAUUUAAUUUUUUUAUCUUUGAUGUGUCAUUGAGUUUAGAAUUCGAGUCGGUGAAUUCCGAUAUCUUUAGUCCGAUCACACCACUAGAAAAGACACCACAACCUAUAACACGUAAAUUUAACUUAUUAUUACAACGUGCUUACCUGGAUCCUGACGGUUUCACACGUUUAGUUUGGACCUCAAAUGGACAAUACCCUGGACCUACGAUUCGCAUUAAUAAAGGUGAUAGAUUAGUUGUUAAUGUCACAAAUAACUUGACAGAUCCUGCUACUAUCCAUUGGCAUGGGAUAUUUCAGCGUGAAACCAAUUGGUUUGACGGAGUGGCUGGUCAAACACAAUGCCCAAUUCCUAGUGGAGUCUCAUUUGUCUAUAAUUUUACGGCGGGCGAUCAGGUCGGGACGUAUUGGUGGCACUCUCAUUAUCUUGCUCAAUACGUUGAUGGUCUUCGGGGACCUCUUAUUAUUCAUGAUCCGGAUGAUCCUUUCUUGAAAGAGUAUGACGCCGAAUUCAUUCUCACCUUAUCUGAUUGGUAUCAUCGUCCUUCUGGCGAAUUACUCCCAUUGAGACUGACUCCGGGUUACUCUGGUUUCAAUCCCGUUCCAGAUGCGGGACUCAUCAGCGGUAAAGGUCAAUAUAAUUGUUCGGCAGCUCCACAGGGGAGCAAAUGUAACUCCACUAAAACACCAGCCAUAUAUAAAGUAGUAAAGGACAAAAAGUACCGAUUUCGAAUUAUAAAUACAAGUGGCGCAGCUUUCUUCUUCUUCUCGAUUGAUAAUCAUCCGCUGACUAUAAUUGAAGUCGAAGGCACCUACGUGAAACCCUAUACUGUCAACACGCUACCCAUUUUCAUUAGUCAACGUUACUCGGUGAUCGUGAACGCCAACCAACCUGUGGAUAAUUACUUUAUCCGUGCUACCAUGGCCCGUGACUGUAUUUUUAAUUCCCCCACUACCAUUAAUCACGAUUCCGCCAUAAAUUAUAAUGUUACUGGCAUCUUCCGUUACGACGGAGCGCCCAACGCUACCCCAAAAUCACAACCAUACAACGAUGAUUUUACGAAGAGUUUACUUCCUUGUCGUGAUUUGGAUCAAUCUUACCUGAAACCCUACUACCCUACCCCACCACCACAGGACUCUACAAUACAAUUCGAAUUUCAAGUUACCAUUCGCCAGGAUCGCGAAAAUGUAACCAAGGCAUACAUAAAUAAUCAAACUUUUAUUCCAGAUUUAACAUCACCCUCAAUCAGCAAGAUUAUGUUAGGAAUCGAUCCCAAGCAAUUUCCUGUUUACCAAAAUGCAUAUGUCUACGAUAAAGAAAGUGAUGUCGUGGACAUCGUUCUGUUAAAUCAAAAUGGAGCGGAUCAUCCAUUCCAUCUGCACGGACACAAUUUCUGGCUAAUAGGAUCAGGAACGGAGAGAGUUGUCAAUAAAACCAAAUAUAAUUUAGUGGAUCCCAUCCUACGCGACGUAACCACGGUUCCUGGUGGAGGUUGGGCCGUGAUUCGUUACAAUGUUGAUAAUCCAGGAUGUUGGGCUUUCCAUUGUCAUAUCGAUUGGCACGUUGAAUUGGGGAUGGUGGCGCAAUUGAUAGAAUUACCAACUAAAUUGGCCGACCGUGUUUUACCACCAGAAGUACGUAAUUUAUGUUUACAAUAUUCAAAGAGAGUUGCGAUACCUGGAUUGGCAGGCGAUAGUCUUGGAUUGUUGAAGAAAAAUGCCAGAAGAUCUGGCGUCCUUCGACGGAUAUCUGGGAUCUAA